CCAUCCCAUAUUUAAGUAAGGUUCAAGUCCAGUCCAAAGUCCAAAAUCCUGGCCCGAUUUGUACAAAAACGAGACUUCAUCUUUGUUCCCUGAUCUCUACGAUUUUUAAGCAGGGAAAAAGCUUCUGAUAGAUAAUUCCGUUGUGAGGAAAUGGUGGUUAUUGAAGAGGAAACAACACACGACCCUGUGAGUUCAAGAGCUCCUGGAAAGGAGGCUUCUAUUGCUUCAGAUGAAGAAACAAACAAUAAAGAAGUUGAAGGUUACCAAACAGCCGGUGAAGGUGAUGGAGAAGGCGAAGAGGAAGUUGCACCUCCUAAAGGUGACUCUUACGAGGAUGCAUUGACUGAUGAACAGUUGAAAGAGAGAGCCUUAUCUCAAGCCAUUGAUGCAAAGGCUGAAGGCAAUAAACUUUUUGGAGCUGGGAAGUAUGAAGAUGCAUUGUCACAAUAUGAGCUUGCCUUAGAAGUAGCUCCUGAGAUGCCUUCAUCUGUGGAAAUACGUUCCAUAUGUCAUGCAAACCGUGCUAUAUGUUUCUCUAAACUGGGAAGAUAUGAUGACACAAUUAAGGAAUGCACUAAAGCAUUGGAGUUGAAUCCUAUGUACAUGAAAGCUCUGGUUAGAAGAGGAGAGACACAUGAAAAACUUGAAAAUUACGAAGAGGCCAUUGCAGACAUGAAAAAAAUCUUGGAAUUGGAUCCUUCAAAUAAACAAGCAAUUAUAAACACAAGGCGGUUGGAGCCAUUAGCGGCAGAAAAACGAGAAAAGAUGAAGGAAGAGAUGAUUGGAAAGCUAAAAGAUAUGGGGAAUUCCUUGUUAGGACGCUUUGGAAUGAGCCUUGACAACUUCAAAGCAGUAAAAGAUCCCAACACUGGGUCCUAUUCUAUCUCAUUCCAGCGUUAGUGAAACUGCAUGUAAAAUCUGCAUAAGACAAUUACUGCUUUCAUUAAUGGGGAAGAGAAGUUAGAGGGAAGGAAGUAGAAUGUGAAAGGUUUUUUCUCUUCCAUAUUUUGUUUUCUUAUAUCAUUGGAGGGAAUGCAAAGUUGUUCAUGUAAAUGGAUUUGUGUAUAGGAGUAAAAUAUCAAACUGUUCUGUGGCUUUCUGGUUUGCCUAUUGCCUGCAA